AUGUCCAGCUAUCUCGCGCCGCUGGACAAGGACCUGUACACCGUCCUUGGUGUUGCACCCGACGCCUCUCAAGCCGGAAUUCGUCAGGCAUACCACAGUCUAGCUGCACAGCUUCAUCCUGACAAAAACACUGGCGGCAAUGAGAAGACAGCACGGUUUCAAGAUGUCCAGGAGGCAUACGAGACCCUAGGCGACAAAGAUCGCAGAAAGUCGUACGAUCUCGUGCGUUCGAUUGUCUUCCUCAAGGUGAAGACUGCGGCACCUGCGAGAUUCGGCACUGUGACCCCGAAACAAACGAAGAUGAUCAUGCGUUACACUGGUCCUGACACUACAACAAGCACUCCUGAGAUGCCUCAGACACCCUUCACCAACAAUAGCAGCAGCUAUGACAAUUCUGCCACCCACAGCCCGCCCGAUGCCAAGACUCCUUCCAAGAACCCUUGUUCGCGACGUGAGAGCACGGUCGAGGCGCCUACCACGCCGGACGUUGCUACAAAUCCACUCAUAAGCGCAUGCGAGGCUCUGAAAGCACAGUCGACUACUGAAAACCCCGAUGGAAGCCCAAGCCAUGAUAGCAACAGCAAGACCACCAGCGUCGGGUCUUCUCCUACUGCUGAGGAGUCUUCUGCGCUUCAGACACCACCCACAAGCAGCGAGUCCGUCACCGUCCGUCCUGCUGGAGACGCCUUUCUGCUUCAUACACCCCCCACUACUGGUAACGCUCCUCCCACUCCAGCUGCGCCAAGAAAGCAGUCCAUUCUCGGCCCCAGCUAUCUUCUCGUGGACUCAGACGAUGAAGGAACUCCAUCCCAAGAUGUCGCAUCUACACCAACACCUGCUUUACCCCGUCUAACAUUCUUCGACUACUACGUCAACGACACCGAGUGGACCGAGACAACCCUGUUGCAAAGCUGGCGUGACAAAGUCGGUGAUACCAAGCGCCGUCAUCAACUCGCUAUCGCGUACACGAAAGAAGCUCACCAGGCCAAGGUUGCUGCUCCCUCAGGCAAAGAGAAGAGAAGAUUCGACAAGAUGUACCAGGCCAAGCGCUCAACUCGCGACUCUUGGAAUCGAGUGAGAAUCUUUCGAGAAGCAGAGUUGUUGAACCAUACCAAGCGCGCUCGAGAAGUCAAGUCAGCUCGCAUGCGUAUUGUAAAGGAGCGGCAGGAGACUGCCAAGAAGCAGGAGCGCGCGGAGAAGAUGGCUGCUGUGGUGAAAGAUAGGGAACGACGCGAAAAUGUCAAGAAGCAAGAGCGCGCCGAUAAACUGGCUGCAGAGGCAAAGGAGAAAGAGCAGAAGCAAGCUUUGAAGGCAGAGGAGCGCAUUCGGAAGGCUGCGGAGCGUGAAGCUUUGGUCCAGGCUCGCAAGAAACGCAAGACAGAUGCUCCGAUAUCGCCAGGUGGGACGAUGAGGAUUCAGGAGCCACGUCUUGCGAAGGCUGCUCCUACUUACUGUGUCAUCAGUGAUUCCGAGGAGGACUGA